AACUUCCCGCGACCGUAAAAUUUGCAUAAAAUUAUUAACGGUGCCAGCUGUAAAAGUUCCCGUUGCUAAUGUUUAAAGAACAUAUAUAUUUCUCGGAACAUGUCUUUCAUAGACAACAACAAGUCUAUAUAUACCAUAAAUACAUACGUAGAAAAUGAAAAGCAAAAUUCCAACGAGUGUUGUGAAACUUGUCGUCGUUUAAAACGAAAAGUUAACGAUCUGGAAGUUACUGUUGGGGAACUAGAAAAAACAGUUAAAGGCUUAGACCUGCGUCAAACCCAGCUGGAAAACACGGUUAAGGAAUUAAAGACAAAACAAACCGUUCCGAAUUCUACAGAGACAGAAAAAUAUUUUAAGGAUAGAAUUAAACAAUUAUUGGUUGCUGAAAAAGAUAAAUCAGGAGCACCAUCAAAAGAAAGUAAGUUUACAAGCACCAGCAAAAAUUCAGUAGUAAUGAUAUUUCAUAACAGAGAUUUCAAGGGCUCUGGAUUCGUCAUCCAUUCAGAUGAAGUUAUGAGUGAUAAUGUUGAACUGAAAUCAUAUUUGUGUGUUGUUACAUCCAAACAUGUUGUCUGCACGGCCCCUGGAGAAAAAACUGAAAGGACAUCGCUUUGUGGCCUUAAAGUGCAGAAUGGUGAUUGGUCAAUUGGUAUAUUGGAAGUAGUUAAAGUUAUACCUGACACUGUUGCAGAUGUUUCUCUCUUGCUAGUGAAAAAAGGUUCUUAUCAUUACGAACCACUACGUUUGUGUGGUAAAAAUUCUAUGCCUAAAUGGAGAGACAAGAUCACAGUUAUAGGCACCAGUGACAUGCAUUCACCCAAUACGGUGACAGAAGGAGUUUUGAGCAAUAUGAAUCAACAGGUCAUGAACUUGCAAGAUGAUACACCAAUUUUCUCCUCGUUCAUUCAGUGUAGCAUGACUAUCAGGGAAGGGUUUUCUGGAUCUCCUGGCUUUGUAGAAUCUGGUGAAGUGAUGGGGAUGGUAAAAAGUGGUAAUGGUGCAAAUGAUCAAAACAGGACUGUUACCCUGGUACGUUUAGUAUCAUCAGAAAUUAUUAAAGAAGCAUUUAGCCGCCUUAAGAGUCGGAUUCUCAAUGCUCUUCAGGAUUUAAAAAAAUCAACAUAAAACUUGGUCAUCCACUGUGUUAACUACAUUGGAGAUUAAUAUUUUAGUUUGUUUAUAUUUUAGUAGUAUUGCUUCAAUUUUUUUUAUCAAUUUUUAAAUUUUAUUGCGUAUCUGUGCGGAAGUGGUUAGCGUGUCUGUCUCCAGUCCUCAGGACACAGAUUCGAGGCUGGUCGCUUCCGUCUUUGUGGGCAUGUGUGUCCUUGGGUAAGACAAUUAACAGCAAUUGCUAAAACCCCAUUAUCUAUUAUUGGUGGUUAAAAUUGUAAGUCAUAGCUUCAUAAAAUAAAUAUCCGAAAAAAGUAA